UCAUCGACUUGUCGACUCAAUUUGCGUCAGAGGAGGGUCUGUUUCGUAAGGUUCUUUAAAACCUAGGUGCGUUCUAUAUUAUUAUAUUAUUAAGUCAACUAACACAGCACAAUAAUGUUUAAUAAUACUGAAUUCUCACACAAAUGGAACAGAAACAAAGAAUUGCGUUAAAAUGAGCAACUUAUGGUUGCAGCCCAACUACUGGAGCGCUGUUCUCAACUUUCUUGCUCAGCAAUUUUUUACUGACUCCCAUGCCACAUGUGUUUUGUGGCAUCCUGCGUUUGAUUUUCACCUGGAGACGGUUGAACCGCUGCCAUUGAUCAUUAUGGAUUCGCAAAGAUGGUUUGACCAUUUGGAUGGCAAGGAUGUUUAUGAUUAUAAAGGCAAGCAAGAUGAAUUUGGGGCGAAGGGAAUUGGCUACAACGAUUGGAUUUUGAGGCUAACAGUUGCCAUAGAAGCGUCCCACUGCGAGACAUUCUUAGUAUUCCAGGAGCAAAUUCCGAAGUUCACCAGUUCUUUUUAUCAUGCCAGUAUUUACUCCAUUUGGCGAUCGCUGCGAAAUCGUUUUAUUUUUGUCUACACCGAAGAGCUGAUAGAAGAAACAGAUCAUUACAUGUUUGGAUAUGUAUUACAUGAUCAACCCAAUAUUUUGUUGGUUACCUCAAGAUAUCUAAAUUCAAGUGUUUUUGAGAUUAAAACCAACCGAUUCGUGGGACCACGAAAUUUUGAUAAGAACCCGGGACCUGUAGAGUUCGACCUUCUUCAGCGGUUCGAUGCCGAGAACGAAGAGCUUACCUGGGAUGAGGGGAUGAAAAGUGCACUGUCCGCUAAGUUGCGAAACCUGGAGGGUCGCGAGGUAGUCAUAGGCAUUUUCGAUUAUAAGCCUUUCAUGUUAUUGGAUUAUGAGAAACAACCAUAUUUUUAUGAUCGCGCAGAGAACACGGAAGUAGCCAUCGAUGGAACAGAAGUUCGACUAAUGCUCAAUUUUUGCGACCUUUACAACUGCUCCAUUCAAGUGGACACAUCUGAAAAAAGCGACUGGGGUGAUAUCUAUACAAAUAGCUCGGGAUACGGUCUUGUGGGAAUGAUACUGGACAGACGAAAUGACUAUGGAAUAGGUGGCAUGUAUUUAUGGUACGAGGCAUAUCAGUAUAUGGACAUGACCCAUUUCCUCGGUCGAUCUGGAGUCACCUGCCUGGUGCCCGCUCCGCAUCGCCUAAUCAGCUGGACCCUCCUGCUCCGGCCGUUCCAGACAGCCCUCUGGAUGUGCGUAAUGCUCUGUUUGCUACUCGAGAGCUUGGCUCUGUGUGUGACCCGUCGCUGGGAGCACUCCGCAGACUCGCAUCCCAACUCCUGGUUGGACAGCCUGCGUUUCGGGUGCAUCAGUACACUGAAACUCUUCGUGAGCCAGGGCACCAGCUAUGUGACCAGUUCGUAUGCCCUGAGGACCGUGCUGGUGGCCAGCUACAUGAUCGACAUUAUCUUGACGACCGUGUAUAGUGGCGGUCUGGCGGCCAUACUGACCUUACCCACCCUGGAGGAGGCAGCAGACUCGCGGCAACGCCUCUUUAAACAUAAGCUCAUUUGGACAGGGACUUCACAGGCCUGGAUUACCACCAUUGAUGAGCGGUCAGCAGAUCCGGUUCUGCUCGGCUUGAUGGAGCAUUACCGAGUUUACGAUGCCUCCUUAAUAUCCGCCUACUCGCAUACGGAGCAAAUGGGGUUCGUUGUGGAGAGGAUCCAGUUUGGCCAUUUGGGAAACACUGAGCUCAUCGAAAACGACGCCCUGGAGCGCUUAAAACUAAUGGUGGAUGAUAUCUACUUCGCCUUCACGGUGGCCUUUGUGCCUCGCUUAUGGCCCCACCUAAACGCCUAUAACGACUUCAUCCUGGCUUGGCACUCCUCGGGGUUUGGCAAAUUCUGGGAGUGGAAGAUCGCCGCUGAGUAUAUGAACGCUCAUCGACAGAAUCGCAUUGAGGCCUCUCAGAGACCCAACCUAGACAUUGGACCUGUUAAGCUGGGCAUCGACAACUUCAUUGGUCUGAUCCUGCUUUGGUGCUUUGGCAUGAUAUGCAGUCUCCUCACUUUUGCCGUAGAACUGUGGAACGGAUAG